UCUAAUUUAGACACACCGGCCAACUAGGAGGGGUAAUCGCUGUUUCCGGACGCUUAUUAAAUGCAGCUUUCGACGAGCUUUUUAGUCCGUGGGAAGUUAGCCCUAAGCUGGGGCGAGCUCCUUUGGCGGAGUCGUUAUUGUCCGGCCACGGGGGCAGCUAAAGCCGUGUGUUGAUGGACGCUUUUGUCUUUUCCCAAUUGGAUUUUAAAAGAGGCCACUUUUCCCGCGUCCAGUUGUUUUUCUGUUCAGCAUGACAACAAUUAAAGGAAGCACAUUAGCUUGUGUAUCAUUUCUUCUUUCUAUUUGCCAUCAUAAAUCAUAAAAAAAAAAAAAAAUAUAUAUAACAAAUCACUGAUUAUUUUGUUGGUUUUUCAAUCUAACACAAAAACAAAUGCCUGAUGUUUAAUACUUCCGUUUUAGUGCUGCGGUCCAAAAAUAGAAAAAUAGGUCACACGACGGAAUUUGAUUUGAACAUUUACGUGACCUGACAUUUUGGUAAUGGGCAGGAACACGAUCUAUCGACCGUAUCAUAUCUUCCGGGGAACGUAUUUGAGAGGUAUUCAACGCAUCUUUACUAGUGUUCGUUAUCAAACUUCCGGGUCAUGUAAACCCGACCAAUUUAAUCAAAUUCUGUCUUGUGGUCCAUUUUUCCAUUUCAUCAUUUUGCUCUAAGCCUAAAAUUUAAGUAGAAUUCACCCCCCCCCCAAGCAUUCAAGUACCGUUUUUUUCACGACCGUAAGGCGCACUUAAAUCUUCUCCAAAAUGGACGGGGCGCCUUAUAAUGCGCCGCCGCACCUUAUGUGUGCACCGAGUUCCGAAAUCUGUAAAUGUUGUGUGACUUUGAUGAGCGCUGCGCUUGACUGACUGGGAGCAUUUCCUGCCGACACGCUGCUUAUAUCGGGGAAAGACGGACGUGACUGAGGACAGCGUGGCUGGAUGGACGAGGAAAAAAAGAGACCGGAUGUUUUUUCCCACGCGUCACCGUACCUGUUGAUCUGUGACUCCAUGCGUGCCCAUCUCACAGCCGCUGUGAAAAAACAAAUGCGGCAAAUGAACUCUGAGCUUGCCGUCAUUCCGGGAGGCUUGACGAAGAAACUCGGUGUAAACGGGGCGCUCAAAGUGAAGUUGCGAGCAGCGUGGGAGCGACGGACGACAGAUGGCGAACACAGCUUUACGAGGACUAGGAAGCAGCGCCGGUCGAGUUACGCCACCAUAUGCGAAUGGAUUGCGGAUGCCCGGGCUGAGGUAUCUGCUUUGACUAUUGUCCGAGCUUUCGCGAAAGCCGGCAUCAUUGCCGAACAGCCCCCCCGGCAACGAGACGGACUCCGACAAUGACGAGAGGGAACCCGGCGUGUUGGAUGGAGAACUUGCCCGGCUGUUCAUUUUGGAUACAGAAGAUGACGACUUUCAUGGACUUGUGGAUGAGAAUUGAUCCAAAAAUAACCCACAUUGAUCAGACCACCACUUGGCAGGACCCCCGCAAGGCCCUGCUCCAGAUGAACCAGGCUCCCCCGCCCAGCUCUGUGCCGGUCCAGCAGCAGAACCUGAUGAACCCGGCCAGCGGUCCGCUCCCUGAAGGCUGGGAACAAGCGAUUACAUCAGAGGGUGAAAUUUAUUACAUCAACCACAAGAACAAAACCACUUCCUGGCUGGACCCGCGGCUCGACCCCCGCUUCGCCCUGAACCAGCAGAGGAUCUCCCAGAGUGCACCUGUGAAGCAGGGUGGCCAACUGCCCUCCGGCACCCUCGGCAGCGUCAACCAGCUGAGGCUGCAGAAGAUGGAGAAGGAGAGGCUGAGGUUGAAACAAGAGCUGCUUCGGCAAAGACCUCAGGAGCUCGCUCUGAGGAACCAGCUGCCCACCAGCAUGGAGCAAGACGGCGGCACCAACCCGGUGUCCUCCCCGAUGGCCCAGGACGCCCGGACCAUGACCGCCAACAGCUCGGACCCAUUCCUCAACAGCGGGACGUACCACUCCAGGGACGAGAGCACAGACAGCGGCUUGAGCAUGAGCAGCUACAGCGUCCCUCGCACUCCCGAUGACUUCCUCAACAGCGUGGACGAGAUGGACACAGGCGACCCGCUCCCGAGCUCCAUGGGCACGCAGCCCAGCCGCUUCCCCGACUACCUGGACGCCAUCCCGGGGACGGACGUGGACCUGGGCACCCUGGAGGGCGAGAGCAUGGCGGUGGAGGGCGAGGAGCUGAUGCCCAGCCUGCAGGAGGCGCUCAGCUCCGACAUCCUCAACGACAUGGAGUCUGUGCUGGCGGCCACCAAGAUUGACAAGGAGAGCUUCCUCACGUGGUUAUAAGAGGGGAAGGAGCCCUUCCUCCUCCUCCUCCUCCUCCUCCUCCUCCGUGCUUUUGACAAGACAUUUCAGCGAGCCUGUCUGGACUUUCCCGUAAUUCCUCUUGUCUCUGUCAGUCUCCUCGCUCUCUUCAUUUUGUCUGUGUCUUCAAGGCUGGCCCAUGAGCAGACAAUAACGCUAAGGGUCCCCGAAGCUCGAGUUUAGGCGUCGUUAUCCCCCCCUCCCCAUGUUUUCCCCUUUAGCGCCUCGUUCUCCUGCAUUUAAUCUAGCUUCAUCUUCUGCCUUUUUUUCUUUUCUUUUUUUGCCUGAGGAACCAAAAAUGAUGUAUUUGACAAACAAUACGGAUUUGGAGUCAAGGUAUUAAGAGGCUCCCAGUUAGGACAGGUGAAGGUUUUUCGCAGGGGGGGGGGGGGGGAAUUCAGGGGAGCUGACCACAUCGCUGCUUGGCUGUGCCAGCGUGUCUAAGUUAAACUUUUGUUAUUUGUUAUCGUUAGAUCAAGUGCCUUCAGCUUUUGUUUUCAGAACGCGAGCAAUGCGAACAACUUUCUUCACUUUCUCCCAAGUUGAUUUUAAAACAUUUUAACAGGAUGGAGGGAUUUUUCAGCAUCUGUAUCGCAGUCUUACCAGCUUUUAUCUCUCAUUUAGUAUUCUUUGCCUUUUUUUUUUUUCGACAACAAAAUAUGUAUGAUAGCUUAGAUUCUUUUUAUUUGUACCUUUUUUUCCCUUUCACUUCACUACAUGAAGAAACAACUUUGAUAAUUUGCUUUUGGCUCUGUGGCCUAUAUUUGAAACACAAAUAUUACAAGCUUGUGUCUUUCUGCAACAAAUAUUCCUGAACAUUAACCCCCCCCCCCCCCCCAUGAAAAAAAGGAAAGCACACACUUGUAGACGGAAUGAUACGAAAAGAUGUUUAAAAACAGCUCGGACGUGUCGGAGCAGGUUUAAGAGUCAUGUCGAUGGUGAGGUUUGAUGGUUUGGAGAUUUUUCUCUUUCUUUCUUUUUUGGAGGAAUACAUAAGAAACAAUCAGUUAUGAUCUGAGUCAGGACUUGUUGUGGCAGAUUCCAAAGAUGUUUGUUUUUGUUUGUAAUGACACUUAUUCUGCUUCCAGUUUCACAGUGAUUUGUUAAUCCACCUGUGUAUGAACAAAAUGUUUUAUAAGCUAGUGAGAAAGAAGAAAAACAAAUCGUAGUAGGUUUACCAGAGAAAUUUCUUUUCUGUAUUUCUUUGUUAUUUAGAUUUUGGACAUUGACGGUCGUUCUGAGAGACUAACCCUGAGAUUUUAAAGGAUUUUGUGUCAAGUGAUUUGUAGUUUUCACCGUGUUUCUGAUGUUUACGCCACAUCUUUGCGCCGGUUUGAUCGCUAACCUUCAGUAUCCUUCGGUAGCAUUAACUUUGGAACUUGAUGGAACAAUUUUUUUAUCGAGCAAAGAACUGUUUUUAUAUAUACACCUUGUGAGAAACCUCCUAUGUAGAAUUGAUUUUACUGAUCGGUUAAAUCGAUGAAUUUGAAGACAGACAAACAGUGUUGGUGAGAACAAUGCAACUACAAAAAAAGAGUGGUACACUACAAGUGCUUGUAUUGCACGGCUACGCUUUUCAGUUUGGAUGCAACUAGGCGUUGAUUUUAUGCUUACUUUGGCGCAUAACUUUCGGUGCGCACAUUAGCUUUUUGACUGUCAUCGUCGUAGCCGUAGAACUAAUCACACCAGUAAAAGAUUUUUUUUUUUAUUUGCUAUUUAGAGGUUUCUAAAUGCACAUGAAAUGAAUUUAUAAUCCGUGAUGAUCUGUUCAAUUGUGUUUUGUUUUUUGUUUUUUUGAUAGAUAUGUGCAUGUGUUUUAGAACCAUAAAAUCUGUUACAUUAUAUAUAUAUAUAAAUAUAUAUCCCUUCAUAUACAAAUGUUGAAAUUGGCUUGAAAUAAAGUAUAUACUUUGUGGUAAUA